UGUGGUUAUAACAUAUCAUGUCUUCGUUCAUUUUUGAUAAGAAUAUUUUUUCCACAAAUUUUAUCAACCCUUAUUAAUGUUUACUUACAGUCGGAAAUUAUUAAACUUCGUGUCUCUCAUACAAAUUGGUAAUUUUUCAAAGUGUGGGUAUCGGACUAACACACAUAAUUGCUUUUGGAUUUCAAGAUUUAAAAUGUCUGACGAGGUAGAAAAAGCCUCGACCGCUUUUGUUGGUGGUGAUACAAUUUUUGGUAAAAUUCUCAGAAAGGAAAUACCAUGCGAUUUCAUUUAUGAAGACGAUAGAUGUGUGGCAUUCCAUGACUUAAAUCCUCAAGCACCUGUUCAUUUUUUGGUAAUUCCCAGGAAACCAAUUGAAAUGUUAGCUGCUGCUGAUGAUUCAGAUGAAUCGUUACUUGGACAUUUAAUGUUGGUUGCAAGCAAAGUAGCUAAAGAACAAAAAUUGGAUAGUGGUUUUCGCUUGAUAGUCAAUAAUGGAAAAGAUGGUGCUCAAUCUGUUUACCAUUUGCAUUUACAUGUUCUUGGUGGCCGUCAACUACUUUGGCCUCCAGGCUAAUUAUUAUGAAUUUAAACAACUUAUAAUUUAUAUCAAACUUAUUUACAAUUUAAAAUUUGAUACUUUUCAUUUGU